UUGUGGGCGGGGCUCACAGGAGGGCGUGGUCAUUAAGUGGGCGUGGCCACAAAGGGCGGAACCCCCGGAGCAAAGCCCCCGGGGGUCCCGGAGGGGGCGUGGCCAAGGCAGGUGAGGGCGUGGUCACUCAACGAAGGGGCGUGGCCACACAGAGGGCGUGGGCGAGUGGGCGUGGCCAAGCCGGGCGGCUCCGGGGCGCAAAAGGGGCGUGGCCCGGGGGGGUCGCGGCGGUCGGGGGUCCACGGGGUGGGCGUGGCUGCCCAAAAGGGGGCGUGUCCAGGCGCGGAGGGGGCGUGGCCUCACCAUCAGAUCCUCCACCGCCACCACAUCGUCGAACUCGGGGUCCAUCGCACCCGGAAGCGCCGCCGGAAGUGAAGGCGGAAGUGACGGUUUAUCCCCGCCCAUCCCUCCCUCCCUUCAUCCCCAUUGGCCUCGCCUCACGGCGCCGCGCUCCGAUUGGCCCGGCGGCGCGUGAGCCCCGCCGCCAUUGGCUCCGCCCCGCGUCAAUCACCGUGAGGGCAGCGCCGCCGCCAUUGCCGCCGCCAUGGCCGCCUACCGGCUGCGGGUCCGCACCGGCUCCGCUCCCGGCGCCGGCACCAGCGACGCCAUCGCCGUGACGCUGGUGGGGAGCCGCGGCAGCAGCGCCAGGACCGCGCUGGACCGAUGGGGACCCGACUUCCACUGCGGGGCGGUGACAGAGUACCGUGUGGCUGUCCCCUGUGCCCUGGGCCGCCUGUUGCUGCUCCAGGUGCACAAGGAGCCCUGCGGGGGCCUCCCCGAGAGCUCCUGGUACCUGGAGAGUGUCACCGUGUGGGGACAGACCGGGGACACCCCUGGGGACACCCCCGGGGACACCCCUGGGGACAGCCCGGACACCCCGGACACCUCGGACAGCGAGGACAGCGCUGGUGACAGCGAGGACAGUGAGGACGAGGAGGAGGAAGAGGAGGAAGAGGAGGAGGAAGGUGACAGCGAGGACGAGGUGACGGAGGAGGAGGCGGGGACAGGUGACACCGAGGAGGAGGAGCUGGAGGAGGAGCCAGAGGACAGCGAGGGUGACACCGAGGGUGACACCAAGGGUGACAUCGGCACUGCCAGCGCAGGUGACCCCGAUGACGUCACUGCCCUGGGCCCCUUCCACUUCCCCUGCUACCGCUGGCUGCAGGGCUACGGCACCUGGGAGCUGCCCGAGGGCACAGCCACCACGCCGGCCAUGGAGCGACACCCGCGGCUGCAGCGGCAGCGCCGGCGACACCUGAGAGAGCAACGGCAGCGCUACAGGCUGGCCCCCGUUGCCCCGGGGCUGCCCUGGGCGCUGCCCAUGGGAACGCCGCUGGACCCCGACCUGAGCUACUCGCUGGCCAAGGCCUCGGCCUUCUACCUGAGAGGGAGCGCCGCGUGAGUGACCACUGAGUGACCACCGAGUGACCACUGACCCCUGAGUGACCACUGAGUGACCAGUGACUGAC